AUGGCUGCAUGGAACACAUUUGUUCCCACCAUUCACCACACGACAUAUGCUUCGAUUUCCGAGACAAAUCCGCGUCUUCGAUGCGAUGGCCGAGUCAUUUUCAUCACGGGAGGAGGCCGCGGUGUUGGACGUGCAAUUGCAAAGUCUUUCGCUAUAGCCCAAGCUGAGGGACUUUUCAUCAUUGGGCGAAGUGAGCAAGAUCUACAGGAGACGUUGAAGGAAAUCGCAGCUUUGAACCAAGUUUCUGAGGGCAAGAUCAAGUUAGCGUACCAUAAAGCAGACAUAUUGGACCCAGAGGCCGUUUCCGCCGCGUACGCUGCGGCUAUUGCUACCUUUGGUCGAAUUGAUGUUCUGGUACAAAAUGCAGGAUAUCUAGAUGACCACCUCUCCAUCACCAAAUCGAACCCGGACGACUAUUGGCGAUGUUUUGAGGUGAAUGUGAAAGGAGGGUUGAAUGUGAUACGCGGCUUCCUUGAAACUGACCCGAAAGCUGGUGCUACAAUCAUCAACAUUGGAUCUGGCGCCGGCCAUAUCCCUUACAUACCAGGGUAUUCCGCAUACUCGGCAUCGAAACUUAGCCUUGCAAAGAUUGUGGAAUAUGUCCAGCAUGAAAAUCCUCAGUUGCGUGUUUUCAAUAUCAAUCCCGGUGCCAUUGCCACCGAUAUGCAAGCGAAGGCUGGUGACUUGGCUGCUACUGACGAAAUCGGGCUGCCUGGAUCAUUUUGUGUGUGGUUGGUAUCUACUGAAGACGCGGAUUCUUUUAAGGGGAGAUUCCUCUGGUCCAACUGGGACGUCGAUGAGCUCGUAGAGCGUGCAGAUGAUAUUCAGUCUCAAAACCUCUUGGUUCACGGGCUGAAUGGACUUUGA